AUGAUGCAACAUUAUCAAGAUGCAAUGUCAAUUGUUCGUAAAUUCGGCAAACCUGACUUAUUUGUUACUAUGACAUUCAUUGCAUACAAUUGGGUAGUAGAAUUCCAAAAACGUGGUUUACCUCAUUUACAUAUAUUAAUCACAUUAAUGAAAAGUAGUAAAAUAAAAACUUGUGAACAAGUUGAUAAAUCAAUUUCUGCAGAAAUUCCAAAUUCUGCAAAUAAUCCAAACCCAUUCGAUAUUGUAACAAAGAAUAUGCUUCAUGGCCCUUGUGGAGAUUGGUGUCUUAUUGACGGAAAAUGUUCAAAAAAAUUUCCUAAAUGCUUCCGAAAUGAAACAGCCAUGGAUGAUAAUGGAUAUCCUUAUUAUCGCCGUAAAGAUGAAGGAAUAACAUUUACGCGAAAUGAUAAUGUAUUUGAUAAUCGAUAUGUUGUACCGUACAAUUCGACCUUAUUACAAACUUUCAGUUGUCAUAUUAACGUAGAUAUUGUAUCUUCAAUUAGAGCAGUUAAAUAUUUAUAUAAGUAUGUUUACAAAGGUCAUGACAAAGCAGCAAUAACGAUAAAUGGGACGUUAUCGAAUACUAGAAUAGAAACAGAGUCGAAUGAACAAUGUGCUUCUCACAGUGUAAAUGAUAAUAAUGUAAAUGACUAUGACGAAAUUCGUAAUUUUGUUGAUGCUCGCUAUGUUGGCCCUGUAGAAGCUGUUUGGCGAAUUUUAUCAAAAAAUUUACAAGAUAAAAGUCGUUCAAUAACCCGUUUACCAGUACAUUUACCUAAUCAGCAUAGUAUUACUAUUAAUGACGAUUGUGACGAUGUUGAACUUCAAAAUGCCUUACAGAAACAAUCAAUGUUAUUGGACUACUUCAAAUUAAAUGAGCGUGAUCCUAAUGCUCGGCAGUACACUUAUAGUGACAUUCCACUUCAUUACGUUUUUAAAAAAGAUAGUAAUACAAAAAUCUCAAAUUGGGUUCCACGUAAGAAACAAUUCAACGUUAUAGGUCGAAUGAAGUUUUUACGCACCACAUUUUCGAAAUUAUGGAACACAGUCUUGUAA